AUGUUAAUCACACUAAUAUUUUGUCUAUCUUUUGCACUCCAAAUAAAUGCAGGUAAACAUUUAUUAGAAUCUUGGAAUAUCUCUCAAGAAUAUGAAUUUUCUAGGAGUUGUCUCAACUUCUUCGUCAUUUAACAUGACCGAAGAACUAGAAAAAAUUGAAAAAACUUGUCUAUCGGAUGAAGAGCAUAACGAACUAUCAGGAAAUCAAUAUAAAAGAGGAUGGGCUACGUUAUUCAAUUCACCGACAAUUAGUAUGGCUAUAGAUGUUAUUGGACAAACAGAAUUACGAGAAGCUCUUGGAAUUCCACAGUAUUCUGGAUCAUAUGAAGAUUAUAAAUCUCCUAUAUCAGAAGAAGAAUUUAAAAGCACUUCAAAUUUAGAAGAAUAUUUUGAAUGGAUAACAAUGAGCAAAAUAGGCGACGAUGCUCAAAAUUAUGCAAUUACUGACAAGGAUGUGAUCACAGCAAUUCGAUUUUUAGACAAAAAAUGGCCAGCAAUUCGCAUUAUUUUUAAAAAUCAACUUGAAGAAUUAAUUGAGAGAAUAAGAAGGCAAGGUUUCCGAAUCGGGAAAAAUGACAAUAUGAAGAGUCAGAAAAGAAAAAUGGAUCGAAAAGUGAUGUAUAAGGUGUAUUAUGAAUAUCUUGGUAUAUGGGAAAAGAUAUUUAGCGCAACUGGUGGUAUGUAUGAAAACAAAGCAUGCCGAAAGUACACUCGUCCAGAUACUUCAAUGUUACAUUUCAAAACACUCAAAGGAUGUGUCAAGCAUACAUGGCUUUAG